CACUAUCGAUCGUCAACUUUACCAACCAAAUUAUUUACUUCUCUUGUAAAAUUAGUUUGAGUUGAAAUCUUAUCUUAUACAUAGAAAAUAUAGUGAAGCUAAGUUUUAAGCUAAAAAUAUAACAAUGGCUUCGUCUAUGUUUGUGGUGAAUAAUAGCUUUUCUAAGGUCUCAAGUGUGGGUUUACCUCCUCAAGUUUCUAGUCUUUGCCCUGACAAAGUCUCACGAGUUUGCUUCCCUUCCGUCUCUCGAUUUAACACGAAUCAAUUUCCCAGAGUAUGUGCUGGGGGAGACGAAGAGAUCAAGAAGUACACAGAAAUAAAGCAACAAGCCAAAGAAACCAUCGACAACGUUAUAGAGGGCACCAAACAAAAUGCCGAAAAGACCGAGGAUUGGGUAAGCAAGGGAGUGGCCGACGUCAAGGAAAAGACCGAGGGUGCGGCGGAAUGGGCAGCCGAUAAGGCGAAAGAAGGGGCCGAUAGCAUCGGAGACACCUUGAAAGAGGCAAAAUCAAAGAACGAGGAAUCGGCGGAAUGGGUAGCCGAUAAGGCCAAGGAAGGGUUUGAGCAAGUCGGAGACAACUUGAAAGAUGCAAAAGAAAAGACCAAGGAAGCUUUGCAAGAUGCAUUAGACAAAAAUUUUGUUGUAAUGGCGUCUAUGUUUAUAGUGAAGAACACCUUUUUGAAGGUUACAAAAGUUGGUUUACCUACACAAGUUGCUAAUCUUUACCCUCGUAAAGUCUCACGGGUUUGCUUCACUUCUGCCUCUAGAUUUAACGAGAAUCAAUAUGCUAGAGAUAAUGAAGACGAAAAAUCUGCUGAAAGAAUCAGGCAAGCGCGACAAGUUUACGAGAACGACGAAGAAGCCAAGGAGGUAGAGAGGAAGUACUCCGAAAUGAAGCAAAAAGCAAAUGACACUGCCAACAAUGUGAAAGAGAAGGCCAAGGAGGGUAGCCGACAAGCCGGCGAAGCAUGGCAGGAAGCUAAGGACAGAGCAAAACAGGGCGCGGAGGCAGCAAAACAAAGGGCCGAAGAAGGCAAGAAUCGUGCAGGUGACACUAUGUACAAUGCAAAAGAAAGGACUAAGGAUACGGCGGAUUGGACCGCCGACAAGGCGAAGGAAGGGGUUAAUAGAGUUGGAGACACAAUGCAAAAUGCAAAAGAAAGGACUAAGGAAACCAUGCGAGAUGCAAAAGAAAUGACCGAGGAUACGGCGGGUUGGACAGCCGAAAAGGCAAAGGAAGGGGCGGGGAAGGUGGGCGAGGCGGUCCAUAAUGUAAACGAGAAGGUUAAGGAGACGGCGAAGGGGGCGUGGGAGACGGCGAAGGAUGCUACACAAAAGGUUAAGGAGACGGUGGUAGGGAAAGAUGAAGAGAGCAAGAGGGUUGAUGAAUAUUUGGAUGAUCAUUUGCCUAAGCGUCCCGGGGAUGUUCGUCGGGAUGAAAAAAUACGUGGUGAUCAUCCUUAAAUUAAUUGUAUGUGUAAUGGGUUGAUGGCUUGUGUUGAUCUAAAUGCUUUUGUGCUUUGUGUUGCACUUGUCUAGAUAGGGAAAAAAAAUAUGGCCCAUGCUAUGUGAAAUUGGUCCAAGUUUUAACUUUGGAUAUGAUCAAUAAUUUGGGACCUUUUGAUCAAUGUAUUUUGCACCUUAGCUUGUAUUAAAAUAUGUUCCAUUACAAUUUUCUUUAUAGUAUUGCUUUAAUACUAUACAAUAUUAUUAUGUUUUCCAUUACGUA